AUGGCUCCAGCAAAUCCCAAAAAGCAGCUUGCUGAGUCCCCUCUCAAGAAGACCAUGGUUGAACAUGUUCCUCUGCACACUGCAAGCCCUUCGGCGCAACCACGAAGCCCUAUCAGAAAGCGAACACCUGGUGCUAUCACGAUGCAACAAAAACAGGCUAUGAUCGAUAACAUGCAACUCGAGAAACGCGCUCGCCGAUUAAGAGCCCAAUAUAAUUAUAUGGCAACAACAGUUCGCUCACGUAUCGAAAUGCGACUCAACCGCGUCCCCAUGUCAAUGAGAAAUAUCAAGAUGGGAGACUUGCUACAGAAAUUCGUGGAUCAGGAACAACAACGAGCCGCGAAAUCGACCGCUAUACGAAAACAAACAGCAACAUGGGCAGCAAGUCCGCCAAAGCAGAUUCAAUCGGCGGCUCAUAAUUUGAAACCCGCGCCACGCACAAAGAAGCGCAUGAGUGACGCAAUCUCAGGAGACAAAGAAAACGAGGUCGAGCAUACUGAGACUGCUAAGAAGAGGGCUCGAGCUGCAACAACCACGGACGUGUCACAUGCCCGAUCAGGGCAAAUUUUGUCGCCAACAUCCUCCAACUCACGAAUGGCAAAUCGACCUCCAUCGCCUACUAAGUCUGGUAUUGCACGACCAGCUUCGCCACUGAAGCGCCCGGCUACAGCUUCUGGUAUGCUGUCAAGCAUGGUGGAAAGGGCAAAGGCGACGCGAGCUGGCGCUGGCGCUGGACGCAAGAUGACGACAAACUCAACCACAAGUUCAAUGUCGACCAACAGCACUGCUACCACCAGAAAUAAGAAAGCAAUACCAGCAACAAAUACUACUUCAAGAGCGCCUACUUCUCGACCAGGUACACGAACAACUCGUAGAUCCAUUGCCAACAGCGAGUCCAGUGAGUCAAGCAAUGGCACCGUGAUAAGGAAGGGGCCCACGGCCAAGAGUGCUCCGGUCAAAAGGGGGACAACAUCUCGUAAGGGGACGACAGGGGCAGUCCGUAAAAACACAGCGAAGAGCAACCCUUCCACUGCAAGCACGGGUACAGGACGAACCUUACGAAAACGAGCAUAG